CCAUUGGGAUGGCUAACGACGUUAGGCACUGGCUGUUGGACAUUUGCGCAUAAGGCACGCUCGGACUGCACGAAGACGCAGCGACGCAGAGGCAUUCCCAAUAAUCCCCGAGCGACAGAGAGACAGAGGUAGAAGGAGUGAGAGACUGGAGAGAGACGUUCUCAUUGAUCUCUCUAAUUCUAUGUCAAUAAUCCAUGUCACACGCAAUUCUUGACGUCAAACCAUUUCUACCCUUCUUUCUAAUCUAAUUACUGUGUCUUCGUAUCCCCCGCCUUCCAACAACUUCAUUUAUAAAUCCCGCUGCUCCUUUUAUCUGUUUCUGAGCUCUUGGUUUCUAUCGAAAUCGGGGAGUGUGUGUUUGUGCGUGGCCAUGGCUAUUGCAGCUGCAGUCGUCGUGCCAUUGGGCCUGCUCUUCUUCGCCUCUGGUCUUGUCGUUAAUCUCAUCCAGGCAACAUGCUAUGCUCUUGUACGGCCCCUAUCGAAAAAUUUGUAUAGACGAAUCAACAGGGUUGCAGCUGAACUGUUGUGGCUGGAACUCGUAUGGAUUAUUGAUUGGUGGGCAGGAGUUAAGGUCCAACUAUUUGCUGACAGUGAAACUUUUCGUAUGAUGGGUAAAGAGCAUGCACUUGUCAUCUCCAAUCAUAGAAGUGAUAUUGAUUGGCUUGUUGGAUGGGUUUUAGCUCAGCGCUCUGGUUGCCUCGGAAGUUCUCUAGCUGUGAUGAAGAAAUCAUCAAAAAUGCUGCCGGUAAUUGGUUGGUCAAUGUGGUUCUCUGAGUAUCUUUUUCUGGAGAGAAGUUGGGCCAAGGAUGAAAGCACAUUAAAGUCAGGCAUCCAAAGACUAAAGGAUUAUCCUCUUCCUUUUUGGUUGGCUCUCUUUGUAGAGGGGACUCGCUUUACACAGGCAAAACUAUUAGCUGCUCAGGAAUAUGCAACCUCAACUGGAUUGCCUGUUCCUAGAAAUGUGUUGAUUCCUCGAACUAAAGGUUUUGUUUCAGCAGUGAGUCAUAUGCGCUCAUUCGUUCCUGCCAUUUAUGAUGUGACUGUGGCUAUUCCUAAAGGUUCUCCAGCCCCUACAAUGCUAAGACUCUUCAAGGGGAAACCAUCAGUGGUUCAUGUGCAUAUCAAGCGGCAUUUGAUGAAGGAAUUACCUGAAACAGAUGAAGCUGUUGCUCAAUGGUGUCGAGAUGUAUUUGUUGCCAAGGAUGUAUUGUUGGACAAACAUAAAGUUGAGGAUACCUUCAGUGAUCAACCGUUGCAGAAUACCGGUCGACCUAUAAAGUCUCUUUUGGUGGUUGUGUCUUGGGCUUGUCUGGUUGUUUGUGGGGGUGUGAAGUUCCUCCAAUGGUCUUCCAUUCUAUCGUCGUGGAAGGGUGUUGCAUUGUCAGCUUUUGGGUUGGCAGUUGUUACCGUGCUCAUGCACAUCUUGAUUCAAUUCUCACAGUCAGAACGCUCAACUCCUGCCAAGGUAACCCCAGUAAAGCCCAAGAACAGGGGAGGAGAGCAGGAUGGUAGCAACAGCAAAGAACAUUAAUUACUCGCUCCUCAAGGCUUCCAUGCAUAGGGACUUUCUCUACAAUGUUAUUUUUGUCGCGUCAACUGUCACUUAUGUUUAGUGACUCAAUCAUCGUAUUUUACUCGUUUGCAUUCAAUUCUUGCAUGCAGGUUUUGGUAUGCAUAUGGGCUCAUUAUUUUCUAGUUUUAUUAGGAUAAACUGUAUAGACAAUCUAGGCUUGGCUGUGGAAGGGCCUUCGGAGUAGAUUAAAUUAAUUUGGUAUCAUUUAUAUUUUGGCCAUGUAUAUCCAUAUACCCUCUUUCGCAU